AGCAGCAGCAACAAGAUCAAGAAAACAUGUCCAACCUCACAACUUCAGCUUCAGGAGAAGCAAGUGUCUCCUCCGGAGGAAGAGUGGAUCAAAACAAUCACCACCCACCUCCAGAAAUCCCACCAUCCAAUCAGCCACCUCCCAAGAAGAAGAGAAACAUGCCAGGCAACCCAGACCCAGAUUCCGAAGUGAUAUCUCUGUCCCCCAAGACCUUGAUGGCAACGAACCGGUUCCUAUGUGAGAUCUGCAACAAAGGGUUUCAGAGGGACCAGAAUUUGCAGCUC